AGGCGGAAGCGGCGGCCAGCGGGGAAGCCUCUCUCUCUCUCUCUCUGGGAAGGGAGGGGAGGCGGACGGGCAUUUCGGCCACCCAUGCCCCCGCAGUAGCUCUCUUGCCUAGUCCCCACGCGGGGGCAGGGGAGGGGCAAUCCGGCCCGAGCUCUUGAGAUGCCCGACGCUGGGCGGGCGCUGCUGGCAUGGCCUCCUUCGCGGCUCCCGGGCAGCAGGACGGCGACAGCGGGGAGCUGGACCGCUCCCUUCAGCAGAUGCUGCGGGCCAUAGUGGAGGAGAGGAACCGCGUUAGCCUCCGCCACGAGAUCAGCGGGCUCGGUUUUUUCAAAGAUGACCGCAUCGUAUUCUGGACAUGGAUGUUUUCCACCUACUUUAUGGAGAAAUGGGCUCCGAGGCAAGAUGAUAUGCUCUUCUACGUCCGCAGGAGGCUGGCCUAUGUUGGCGGAGAUGGCGUAGAAGAAAAGAAGCAGGUUGAAGUUGAAGUAUACCGCAGAGAUUCCAAGAAGCUUCCAGGUUUGGGCGAUCCUGACAUUGAUUGGGAGGAGAGCGUCUACCUGAACCUUAUACUACAGAAGCUGGAUUAUAUAGUGACGUGUGCGGUAUGUACUCGUUCCGAUGGAGGGGAUAUUCACAUCCAUAAAAAGAAGUCCCAGCAAGUCUUCGCAUCACCAAGUAAACACCCCAUGGACAGCAAGGGCGAGGAAUCGAAGAUUAGCUAUCCAAACAUAUUUUUUAUGAUUGACAACUUUGAAGAGGUAUUUAGUGACAUGACUGUAGGGGAAGGUGAGAUGGUUUGUGUGGAGCUGGUGGCCAGUGACAAAAGCAACACUUUCCAAGGUGUUAUUUUCCAGGGAUCCAUCCGCUAUGAAGCCCUCAAGAAGGUCUAUGAUAAUAGGGUGAGCGUGGCAGCCAAAAUGGCCCAGAGAAUGUCCUUUGGUUUUUAUAAAUACAAUAAUAUGGAGUUUGUGCGUAUGAAGGGGCCUCAGGCCAAGGGACAUGCGGAAAUGGCAGUGGGUCGCGUUUCCACGGGUGACACGUCUCCUUACGGCACAGAAGAAGAUUCAAACCCGGGCUCACCACUGCAUGAGCGCGUCACGUCCUUCAGCACCCCGCCAACUCCAGAACGCAACAGCCGGCCCUCCUUUUUCUCCCCAUCUCUCAAAAGGAAAGUGACCCGAAAUCGAAUCGCAGAGAUGAAGAAAUCCCACUCGGCCAACGACAGCGAGGAAUUCUUUCGGGAUGAUGAAGAUGGAGAUCUGCAUAAUGCAACAAACCUACGUUCCCGGUCAUUAUCUGGGACUGGACGUUCUCUUGUGGGUUCUUGGCUGAAGUUGAACCGAACGGAUGAAAACUUCCUCCUCUAUGCACACUUAACCUAUGUCACGCUGCCCUUGCCUCGGAUUUUAACUGAUAUUCUGGAGGUGCGACAGAAACCGAUUCUGAUGUCAUAGCCAAGAGCUGGGUGCUGCCUUGGAAAACUCGCAGCCAAGUGCCUAAAAAACAAAAAAAAACCUUAUCUCUUGCUGUCUUCUGUCACACAGCCGCCACUUGUGUCAGGAACAUAACUCUGAAAAAAAAAAGGGAUCUCUAGGAAUUACCAGCCAAUCAAGAAGUGCCUCUUUGUUCUUUCCUCCCCUCAGAGAAACAGAAACUGGCUCGUAUCGCUUUAUAGAUAAAACUGGUAGAAGAUUUUCUAAAGCAAAAAAAAGAAGAAGAAAGGAAACAAGGGGAAACUAGCCCACCACCAUCACAGAAGUAGGGGCUGCUUAUAACAACAAUAGCGAUGCUUUACGGACCAUCGGUUAGCGUUUACUUCCAUAAUUUGGGAACCAACCUGUAUAAAAUGCAUUAAUCUUUAUAUACCUUGAGAGAAGAACCUUGCAUAGGAUUUCAUGCUGGGCGAAUCGAACAUUGGUCUUUUCACGUGCAUUAAGAAAGCAAACCUCUUCUGUAAGUGUUUUAAAUCGGAUAGGAUCGCGACGUAGCAUAACAUCCAUGGGGAAGUUAAGGGUGUGGAGGGGGGGGCAGGAUUCACGUACAUUCAUGAAGGAGCUGGGGGGGGGGAUUCCGAUGGCCAGGUUUCUCUGCUUCUCUCAAAGGGAUAUAUAUUUUAACGCCUCGUAGCACAGAUGGGUUCUGCGACGUCAUCUUCACCUACCAAAGAUCAGCAAAAACAACGAAAAACAAAAACCCCAGCCAAAAAAAAAGAGAGAAAUGUCUUAAGGGUUGAAAUUGUAGGAAAGUUGUUCCGGUGUCAUUGGCCUCCAGUCAGUCUUCCACUAUAUGGGGCCUCUGAUUUGAGGAAGAGGAGGAACACGCUAACUGGAGAGGACGGGAAGGAAAUCCAGAGGAACCUCAGCCUGGACAAUUGAAAAAUUAAAAUGAAUCAACGUAGCUCCUAAAAAUUCUUUUGACUGUCCCAUCAGGUCAAAUGGUUCCCCUCAAACUGAUGUGUGUGUGUAUGCGCGCGCAUGUAUGUGUUGUGUGAUUUCUCAGUAAACUGAAGACUCGUUUCUAUUUAA